CCUUUUUCAUACCUCUUUUCUUAUCUGUCUUUUGAAAUUUCUUCAUCUGGGGUUGCAUUAUUAGCUUCAAUUUACACCUUUUCUUGCUCUGUGGCGUUGUUUUGUGUACUCUAUUGCUUGGAGAAUGCGUUAGUUAUCGCCUUAAUUGAAUAAAUAUUAAUCUAUUGGGGGAAUGGAUUUUGAUAGUGUUUACAAGUCUCUGAAGGAACUCUUUCCGGAGGUUGACCAUCGGAUACUAAGGGCUGUAGCCCUUGAAAAUCCCAAGGAUGUUCAUCUAGCUGUUAAUGAUAUUCUCACAGAGGUUAUCCCUCGGUGUCGUCCGGAAAUUAAAUUACCCCUGCAGGAUCCUCGUGUGGAGUUUGCAUCUAAAUUAGAAGAAGGUACAGUUGGUGAUGAAUCAUGUAAUGGUACUUCCUACGAGAGUGGUGUGGCACAUCUAGAUGGAACAUUCAAUCAAUCUACCUCUGUAAAUAAUUAUGUCGCUGAUGAUGAUUGUGAACGACAUGAGAAUACUGAGACUACAAGCCUCUCUGUACCAGCCGACGUAGAAGAAGACCGCAGUGAAGUAGAAUUGAAUCGUGUAGCACCUGAAAAAUCAAAUGGUUUGAUUCAUGAAGAUAGUGAACAUAAUGAUCACAAACAAAGUCCUCAAUUUACCAAAAUCUGGAACCAGGAAUUACACCAUGAUGAUCGACCCAUCCCUGUGGAUGAGAAUUCUGAUGGUCAGACUGCCAAUCCAUCUUUUGAAAAUCAUUCUCCUUUUCAAUGUAUAAUCCAUGAUCACUCAGAAUCUGUCUACAAGAAAUCAAAUGCAAAUAGCACUUCAAAUCCCAAGCCCAAGCAAGAGAGUUCCACCGGUGAGAUGACUACCAUUGAAGAAAGGUUGAUGGGGCCUUCCAUACUCACUGAAUCAGGCCAACCGUGUAGUAUUGAUCAUCUUGACGAGAUCAUUGAGGAUGCUAAAAGCAACAAGAUAACAUUAUUCUCAGCAAUGCAAUCAGUUACCAAUAAGAUGAAGGAAUUGGAAGAUAUGGAGAAGUAUGUUGAAAAAGUCAAAGAAGACAAUGUCAAUACAGAGUCAGAAAUUCUGGCCAAAGUAGAGGAAAUGAAACAGACAGUAGCACGUACUAAGGAAGCAAAUGAUAUGCAUGCUGGAGAAGUUUAUGGAGAGAAGGCGAUUUUAGCAACAGAAACAAGAGAACUCCAAUCUCGUCUCCUCAGCUUGUCAGAUGAAAGAGACAGUUCUCUAUCAAUUCUUGAUGAGAUGCAAACCACUCUUAAAUCUAGAAUGGCUUCAUUAGAAGCUACGCUGAAUGCAUUAGAGGAAGAAAAGUUGGCUAAGGAAAAACAUGCACGAAACGCUCUUGCUGAGCAGGAGGCCCUCAUGGAGAAGGUACUCCAGGAAUCAAGGAUGCUACAACAUGAAGCAAAUGAGAAUUCCAAGUUGCAGGAGUUCCUAAUUGAACGUGGACAUUUAGUUGACGUGUUACAGGGAGAAAUUUCUGUUAUUUGUCAAGACGUGAGGCAUCUGAAAGAGAAGUUUGACUUGGAAGUACCACUAAGCAAAUCUCUUUCCUCUAGUCAAACAAGCUUCAUCCUAGCUUCAUCAGGUUCAUCUCUAAAAACCACUGCAGCUAGCGAUUGGCCUCGUUUUUCCUCAAUCCCAGUGGACACAGCAGCCCAUCCGGAUGCUGAGAAGGGCACAUCAUUAAAUCUCAGAACGGAAGGAAGCCAAGCAUCCUCUGUCAGUAGCUCUAGCUUGGCGUCGAACAAUCUUGAAGAAGGAUCAGAAAGAAACCAUUUAAAAUCAUCAUUUUCAGAUGAUGGGUGGGAUGUAUUUGACAAAGACGCUGAGUUCUCCGAAGUUGCAUAUUUCGUGGAUGCAAAAGAAAGCUUGAAGGAGUUUUGAGGAGGGCCCAGAAUUGAAAAUUUGUUAGGUUGGCUCUAUGCUUUCUGCUUCAGUUUUACGUAGAUUUGUGUAGUUAGGAAGGCCAAAUCAAACUUCAAUCUCUUGUACAUAUAGAUGGAUUGGGAACUUUUCUGAAGGGGUCCAGAUUUAUUUUCUCAUAUUGGUUUUGGUUCAGUAUACAAUAUAAAUUAUACAAUGAAUUGAAAAUUAGAUGUUCUUUUGUGAUCAUAAAUGUAAUGGUUCUAUAGCCACUUUGGAUUGUUCUGUCCUGA